AUGACACCAUCAACCCCCUCCUCACCAGAAUCAACAGCAACGACGCCACCAAAACCCACACCAGGACCAUCGAACUUGCAAUCCAAAUCCAAAUUAAUCCCCUCCCCCCGCCGCCUCCUCAUCCUCAGCCCGACCUCGCACUCCCUCACCACCAUCCCUCCCCUCUUACACACCCUGACUGGCGUCGCCGUCAAGGAUCCUCCAUCCGUGACUGCUGCGACUGCUAUCGCGUCCCAGGACGAGCCCGCGUCCGUGAAGACCACGUUCGCGGGGUAUACGACACAUACGCCGCUCACGAUCGAGAACAAGUAUUACAAAGCAGAGGUGCCGAUAUGGGUUGAUGAGAUUCCGACAAAUUCUACUACGGAUGCGAAGAGAGUGACAGGCUCAGAGGCGGAGACAACAGACACGGGUGUGAAAGGGACAGACACAGGCGCAGCGCAAUGGAAAGCCGAGUUCUCGGGUGCUGAGGCGCGGGUCGUGCGUGAUGCGAUUGGGGGUGUUGUUAUCUGCUUAAAGAACCCGCGCCCUGGACACGAUGGCAGUGAAGACGUUGCAGAACGAGAGGACGUCAAGUCACUCAAGGACUUCCUAAGGUGUAUCGGUGAUGUCAAGCGGUUAGUCGAGAGUGAGAGAAGUGGUGAUGGCGACGACGAUGGUGAAGGUGGGGGGAUUGGGUUUGGAGAGGUGCUGGGUUUGAUUGUCCUCGUUGAGGAUGGCGAUAAGGAUAAGAAGACCAAGAACGGUUCCGAGGAUGAGGGUGUGCUUGGAGAGACGGAGAAACCAUUCUCUAUUUCAUGGUGGGAGGACCAGCUUGAUGAUAUCGGGUUGAUGGAUUUUGAUAUUGCGAGUUGGGAUCCUAGUGCGCCGGAUACGGAUGUUAGGGAUAAAUAUGGUGAAUACCAAGGAAUGCGCCGGAUCCGCCAGAUCAUCGAAACGCACGAUUGGGCCUCUGAUGAUCAGUCUACAGAUGUAGACGCUGAUCUGGGGUUCGAUGAUCAUCUCGAAGAACAACUCCUGGGUCUUGAUAAGAGUAGCAGCGGGUUCAAUCUUGAGGUCAAUGAACUUGAGCGGGAGAUGUUUGGCCUGCGUAUGGCCAUUGAAAGGGGUGGUGAUGAUGGGGAGGAUGAGUUCGGGGAUUUUGGGGAUGAUGAUGGCGACCUUAAGGUUGAAUCGAUGGAGGCAUUGAUGUUACGGAUGCAGGCUAUUAAAGAUAUGAGCGCCGAUUUACCGGAAAGCGAACGGAAGAAGUUUGCGGCUAAGGCAGUUCGAGAUAUCAUGAAAGAGAUGUAA